CGGCCAAAUCAUGCUUUCUGGUACAGUAGCCUAUUUUAAAUUAUUUUGUUUUGUGUAUAGACAGGAGUAAGCUAAUUAGGCUAUAUAAAUUUGGCAGUUUUAAUUCAAUUGACUAUAGGGAAAUCUUGUCCUACCUAGCCUUAUGGACGCUCUGCCUAUGCCAAUGUGGCAAAAACACAACCAGUCAUGUUAAUAUCUGAUUGUUAAGCAAUCACCUGUAGACUACCCGCGCACAUUCGUCCAAUUACAACAGAAUUCCAGCAUCCCCCAACAAUGCACUGUGCAACUGCAAUUUCAUGAAUGGAAAGAAAAAUGUGUUACAAAACACCUACGUGUAUUGUAAUGAGAUCUGUGAUUGUUAGGCCUACACGUAGCCUGAAUCGCGUCCACUGUUGAAAAUAAAUAAAUAAUGAUUAAUAUCUUGUAUGUAUUUUUUUCGGGAUUUUGUGGUAAUUGUAAUAGGCUCACGUUUUACCAUUACGGCGUACCCCCAAUAUUUAUUUUGGCAGUAGGCUGGUAGGCUGUAGUAGCUUACUUUCACCCCGGAGUGUGUCAGAGGAGUCUGUGACUAGGCUGUGACCCGGGUGUUGUCCUGAGGGUUCGAAACGUUCCAGAACACUGUCUUGAAAAGCUGAGGCUGGUAAAUGAGUCAGCACUCUGAUUAAAGGCUUUUUGAGGAAGGAGAAGGGAAACUAAUAAAGCAUAAACACACUUUAACCUUAACCUAUAUCCAUCAGUAGGAUGUCAGCAGCUUUCCAUUCCACCAAGGGGGAAUGGGGAAAUACCUAUGGAUCUUCAAAUGAAACCUGCUCUCUGUCACAUUUUGGGUGCCAGUAACUCUAGUUUCACUCAGCUCAGUUUCAGUGAUGUGUGUGUAGAUUUAAUGCAGAGGCUCUUUCAAUUUCUGUUCCUAUGAUAACCUCUAUCAUGUAGUGACCAUGUGUGUCCCAGAAGGGCUGUGUAUUUCCCAGAAGACACCAUGGUCAGCAUGAGGAAGUUCAGUCGCAUCUCAAGGAAACAGAAGGGGAGGAGAGGUGUCAGAUGGAAGUGUCACCCUCUAAGUUUCUACUCACUGGGUAUAAAAGACCUUGGAAGCUAGGUUGAUAGAAGACCACUCUCCAUCGAUUACACAGGUGCCUCAACAGACAGUGAACAGAAGAAUAGGGCUCUCUGUAGAGAAUUGAACUGAACUGAACUGAGUUGGGCAGUAGUGGACUGAGCUAAACUAUUUUGGACGACAGUGACUAGUUUCGGCUGAUAGAUACACAGGCUUUUCUCUAUAACACACAGUCCAGUGCUCAGCAGGAGGAUGCCUGUCUCGUGUAGGGAGGCUCUGCUCAUGCUUCUAGCCAGUCUUGGAGGUCUGGUCUGGGGGGAGGUGGGUGACUUCACCCCUUGUCUCCGUUUCUUCUACAUGGAGACUCCCCCAAAAGGCAUGGGGGGAGAGGGGUACCAGCCCAUCUGCCAGCGCUACAGGAACCAGUACCACUUUGCCAGCCUGUACCAGCGCCAGCGCCGUGCCACCCUCUACUCUGCCUACAUACUUACCCCUGGAGGAGGCAAACGGCCCAGGAACAAGUGGAUGUAUGAACCACAGUUGGCAUUCUCCGGUGCCAGUCCAGAGAUGCAUAGUUUCCCGCAGAGUGGCCUCGUGGACCAGAAUGUGGUGGAGAGCCAGGCGGUGCUCCAGGACUACAUCAACUCUUCAUACACCAAGGGUCACCUCAACCCCAGCCUGCACCACCAGGCCCCAGAGGACCGCCGGGCCACUUUUACCCUCACCAACAUGGUCCCUCAGCGGGCAGCCUCAAACUCUGGUCCCUGGGCUCAGCUGGAGGCUGAGGUGAGGGCCCGGAUGGGUAACUACUGCAUUGGGCCGGCGUAUGUGGUAACAGGGGCGCUGUCAUACCUCUCUGAGUGCUGGAUGGCCAACCGGGUAGCGGUGCCAGAGUACAUGUGGUCUGCCUACUGCUGCCCCUCCUACAACUCUAGUCUCCCCGCCUCACAGAGACCCUACUUCCCAUCAUAUGCUGCUGUGGGCCGGAAUGACCCCCAUAGUGGUGGAGAGAUUGUGCCGGUGGACCCCCAGGCGAAGGCCUCGGUUCGGGGGUAUGAUGUGAGGCGGAUGCCCCUGGACACCGUGGAGACUAUUCUACAGCAGAGACUGGGCGUCCACAUCAGCCUGUUUCACAAUCAAUGUCUGUAGGCAGGUGUGGUAGUUAGGUAAUGGGCUGUUGUAUGGGCUGUCCCUGUUCAGUGAAAAAUAAAAUCUACAGUGGAACAUAAUAUAUUUGGUGAUUUAAGAUCUUUUGAACUAGUUUGCAGACCAGUCAUAGCACACACAGACACACAGACACACAGACACACACACACACACACACACACACACACACACACACACACACACGCGCACACACACACACACACACACACACACACACACACACACACACACACACACACACACACACACACACACACACACACACACACACACACACACACACACACACACACACACACACACACACACACACACACACACAUUGUCUGUGGGCAGGUGUGGUAGUUAGGUAAUGGAUUGUUGUAUUGGCUGUCCCUGUUCAGUGAAAAAUAAAAUCUACA